AGCCUCCAUAUCCAUUCCAACCACACCUCCGCUCUCUUAAAUUUUCCGAGAAAAUUAGACUUCUCUUUCCUGCGGAUUUUCUCAUCCUCUCCACACUCUCCACCAUGAGAAUCCACUUCCGAUCCUGAAAAAUCUCCCUCGAAAAUCUUCCAACCUAUAACUUAUCUGCUCUCCCUUUUGCUCUCUCAUGGCGGCUGUUACUUCUCUAUCUUUCUCCACAUUGGGUCAAUCCUCUGAGAGGAGAGUCUCUGUUCCGUCUUCUCGUCUUUUCGUCUCCAAUUUCGACGCGUUUCGAAUCCGCACGAGCUUUUCCUGCGAUUCUGCUGGUGUUCGAGCUUCGAAUUCGAAUUCUUCAAUGGUUAUUCGGUGCAUGUCUUCUGGAACUGAUGUGCCCACCGUUUCAGAAACAAAGUUGAAUUUCUUGAAUGCUUAUAAACGACCAAUUCCCAGUAUCUACAACACUGUGCUGCAGGAGCUGAUAGUCCAACAGCAUCUGAUGAGGUAUAAGAUGACGUAUUGUUAUGAUGCUGUCUUUGCCCUUGGUUUUGUUACAGUGUAUGAUCAACUCAUGGAAGGCUACCCAAGUGAUGAAGAUCGAGAGGCCAUCUUCCAGGCAUAUAUCAAGGCACUAAAGGAGGACCCUGAUCAAUAUAGAAAUGAUGCAAAGAAGUUAGAGGAAUGGGCCCGUGCACAGAAUGCUAGUUCAUUAGUUAAUUUUUCAUCGAGAGAAGGGGAAGUUGAAGGUAUUCUAAAAGACAUUGCAGAAAGAGCUGGGGGUAAGGGGAGUUUCAGCUACAGUCGUUUCUUUGCUAUUGGUCUGUUUCGCCUUCUCGAGUUGGCAAAUGCUACAGAGCCCACCAUUUUAGAACAACUUUGUGUUGCAUUGAACAUAAACAAGCGAGGUGUGGAUCGGGAUCUUGAUGUAUACCGCAAUCUGCUGUCUAAGCUGGUUCAAGCGAAAGAACUCCUGAAGGAAUAUGUAGACAGGGAGAAGAAGAAAAUGGUGGAAAGGGCAGAGUCUCAAAAGGCUAAUGAGGCAAUUACAAAAUGCUUGGGAGAACCUCAAUACACAGAACGAUAAUUCAAGUAAUAAAUAUA